UUGACAACACAGCCUGUUAUGCCUGUCGCGCUUUCCCGACACAGACACGGGUCUGUCGCCUGGUUAUCGAGUUCUCCGUGUGACGGUGGUACCGAGAAGUGCUGAGGAGCCAGACCCCUAACGGCAAAUCACGGUCCAAGUUCUGGGUUUUAUUUCACACCUAAAAACGGGAUAACCGCUGACUGUCGAGGAAGACUGGCGCCUGAGGGAAAUUCCUCCCUUUGUUUGCUAACCAGGCUAACGACAGGGGCUGUGUUGACUGGACUUUGAGUCGGCUGAGAAAACUAACUUCACCCAGCUAGCUAGCGAGUGAGGUUAGCUAUCCGGCUAACUAGCUCCGCUUAGCAGCCCGGACACCGAACGGUAGUCUGGGCUCCCUUCAGCUGCAGCAGCAACUUUAAAAAAAAAAAAAAACGGAAGACCGUUCUUCCCAUGGAGAGAAACGGCAGCUCAAAAGAGCACAAUGCACGGAGCGAGCCCGUCUGUCUGUAGGUACCUGGCAGAUAUGUGCACCGAGAGAUGAUAUGGCAGAAUUCCGGGCAAAUGUUACAACGAGGCAAUAGGCCAGUCAGGAAAUUGGAGUAAAGCUGAAGCAUAAGGCUUUGCUACCCAGCAGCUUGCCAGCUUGUGUGUCAGUGUGUGUGUGAUCGAAGUGCCUAUGGCGGAGUUUGGGGAGGACGGCAGCCUUCCUCCAUUGAAUCUCGGGGAUACGGCCGUGCCCAGCGACGAGGCGGCUGGCAAGACGCAUUGCGAAGUGUCGGUCUUGAAUGGGGACUGUGGGAUUUCAGAAAACAUGGUCGGUUCAGGAUCCCUCGUCGCACCUGGCAGCCAAGCCGGGGUGGAAACCGCCAACACCUCUGUCGGAGUGGAUGCCAAAAACGAAAUACCACGCAGGAGCAGCAUUAUCAAGGAUGGCUCAAGACAGCGUAAAGAACGAAAGAAGACUGUAUCAUUCAGCAGCAUGCCCACGGAGAAGAAGAUUAGCAGUGCAAGUGACUGCAUCAGUGCCAUGGUGGAUGGCUCUGAGCUGAAGAAAGUGCGAUCAAAUUCGCGCAUUUACCACCGCUACUUUCUCCUUGAUGCUGACAUGCAGUCUUUGAGAUGGGAGCCCUCAAAGAAGGAAUCGGAAAAGGCCAAAAUUGAUGUAAAAUCCAUCAAGGAGGUCCGGACAGGGAAAAAUACAGACACUUUCAGAACUAAUGGAACCUACGAUCAGAUAUCAGAGGACUGUGCGUUCUCAGUCAUCUUUGGGGAGAACUAUGAGUCCCUGGACUUGGUGGCAAACACUGCAGAUGUAGCCAACAUCUGGGUUACAGGACUGAGGUACCUGAUCUCCUAUGGGAAACAUACAUUAAACAUGAUAGAGAGCAGUCAGAACAACAUGCGCUCGUCGUGGCUAGGUGAACUUUUUGAUGAGGCAGACAGUAACAACAGCAAACAAAUAACAAUAUGCGCUGCUGUGCAGCUGGUCAAAAAGCUGAACCCAGGACUCAAAAAUGUGAAAAUAGAGCUGAAGUUCAAGGAGCUUCACAAAUCUAAGGACAAAACAGGUUCUGAUGUGACGAAAGAGGAGUUCAUUGAGGUCUUUCAUGAUCUUUGCACCAGACCAGAAAUUUAUUUUCUUUUUGUUCAGUUCUCCAGCAGCAAAGAAUUUCUGGACACCAAGGACUUAAUGAUAUUUCUGGAGGCAGAGCAGGGUAUGGCACAAGUAAGCGAAGACACCAGCUUAGAGGUCAUUCAGAAAUAUGAACCGUCCAAAGAGGGCCAGCUGAAGGGCUGGCUUUCUCUCGAUGGCUUCACCAACUAUCUUAUGUCGCCAGAGUGCCAUAUAUUUGACCCUGAGCAAAAAACAGUAUGCCAAGACAUGAACCAGCCUUUGUCCCACUAUUACAUCAAUUCAUCCCACAACACAUACCUGAUAGAGGAUCAGUUCAGAGGUCCCUCAGAUGUGACAGGGUAUAUUCGUGCUCUAAAAAUGGGCUGCCGCAGCGUAGAGCUGGAUGUGUGGGAUGGGCCUGAUAACGAACCUGUUAUUUACACUGGCCAUACAAUGACAUCACAGAUAGUCUUUCGCAGCGUCAUUGACGUCAUCAACAAGUACGCCUUCGUUGCGUCCGAGUUUCCACUGAUACUGUGUUUAGAAAACCAUUGUUCCUUAAAGCAGCAGAAAGUCAUGUUCCAGCACCUGAAGAAGAUCCUUGGAGACAAGAUCUACCUAGAUCCUCCUAAACCUGAGGACUGCUACCUCCCCUCUCCCUCUGAACUGAAGGGAAAGAUCCUGCUGAAGGGUAAGAAACUGAGCACGAACUGCACUGCUUCAGAGGGUGAGGUAACAGAUGAGGACGAGGGGGCAGAGAUGUCUCAGAGGAUGAGCAUUGAAUCUGCGGAACAACAGACUAUCGCACCCAAGAAAUUCCAGCUGUCAAAGGAUCUCUCUGAUCUGGUGACCUUGUGUAAGUCUGUGGAGUUUAAAGACUUCCAAACGUCCUUCCAGAGCCAGAAGCACUGGGAGCUGUGCUCUUUCAAUGAGGUCUUUGCCAGUCGCUAUGCCAGUGAACUCCCAGGUGACUUUGUUAACUAUAACAAGAAGUUCCUGGCACGGGUUUACCCCAGCCCCAUGCGGAUUGACUCAAGCAACAUGAAUCCACAAGAUUUCUGGAAGUGUGGUUGCCAGAUUGUGGCAAUGAACUACCAGACUCCAGGCCUGAUGAUGGAUUUAAACAUUGGCUGGUUCCGUCAGAAUGGGAACUGCGGCUACGUGCUGCGUCCAGCGAUCAUGAGGGAGCAGGUGUCAUAUUUUAGUGCCAACACGAAAGAUUCCGUGCCUGGUGUUUCUCCACAGCUCUUGCACAUCAAGAUCAUCAGUGGACAAAACUUCCCCAAACCCAAAGGCUCAGGUGCAAAAGGAGACGUAGUAGACCCGUAUGUCUAUGUGGAAAUACACGGCAUUCCUGCCGACUGCGCUGAACUAAGGACUAAAACAGUCAACCAGAAUGGGGACAACCCUCUGUUUGAUGAGAGCUUUGAGUUUCAGAUAAAUCUCCCAGAGCUCGCAAUGGUGCGCUUUGUGGUGUUAGAUGAUGACUACAUCGGGGACGAAUUUAUCGGCCAAUACACAAUCCCCUUCGAGUGUCUCCAGCCAGGUUUCCGCCAUAUACCGCUACAGUCUCUGACAGGGGAGGUUCUUCCUCAUACCUUGUUGUUUGUUCAUGUGGCCAUAACCAAUCGAAGAGGAGGCGGAAAACCACACAAGAGGGGACUGUCUGUACGAAAGGGCAAGAGGAGUAGAGAGUACGCCAGCAUGAGAGUGAUAUUGAUCAAGGCUUUGGAUGAUGUCUUCAAAACAGCCAUGCUGCCGCUUAGAGAGGCAACAGACCUCAGAGAAAACAUGCAGAAUGCCAUAGUGUCCUUUAAAGAGCUGUGCGGCCUUUCUGCGGUGGCCAACCUCAAGCAGUGCAUCUUGGCCCUUUCCCCUCGACUGACUGGCCCAGACAACAGCCCCCUCCUGGUGUUCAACCUCACUGACCAGUACCCCAACUUGGAGCCCCAAGGUGUACUACCAGAAGUCCUCAAGAAAGUCGUCACCACCUAUGACAUGGUGAUACAGACCAGCAAGAGUCUCCUGGAGAACUGUGAGGGGGUGUAUGAGAGAAUCCUACAAACCCAGAAAGCAGCGAUGGAAUUUCACGAGAACCUCCACGACUUGGCCGUGAAGGAGGGGCUGAAGGGCAGGAAGUUGCAGAAGGCGGUGGAGAGCUUCACGUGGAACAUCACCAUACUGAAGGGCCAGGCGGACUUACUGAAACAUGCCAGGAGCGAAGUCCAGGAGAACCUCAAGCAGAUCCACUAUGCUGCGCUCACCUGUAACCUGAGUAAAGGCGGAGCAGUGGGCGGCUCCUCUGGCUCUGAGUCCAAGAGCAGACGCAGCCUCGAGGCCAUUCCUGAGAAGGCCACGGGGGAGGAGGAGCUCACCGAUGAGGACAACUAAAGACCCACAAGUCCUGCUCUGGUGCUCUCCUGAUACCCAGAUUCAGACCUCUGCUCAGUUCCCACCUCCUGAGCUCAAAACCCAAAGCUCCCUCUCUCUAUCUCUGUUUGUCUCUCCAUCUGUGUCUGGCCUGGCAUCAUCACUCUACACACACCAGUGUUAUUCCACAUUCCAUCAAGUACAUUCCUUCAUCCCAAGCACAGCUGUAACCUCUUACAGACUUCUGCCUUGUAAUCAUCAAUAAAAUGCCACCGCUACUCAAGGACACCUCCUACCCGAGUCCAGAUCUCAGAAAGGUCUCAGCUUAAGUUCUUGAAAAAUGUGGUUAUUUCUGAGUCUUAAAAGGUUCAGGCGUAGUACUGAAGGCUGGAGAAGUGUGUAACAAGUGUCUUUCUUUUUAAACAUUGGCUGCACAUCUAAUGCUGUCGACCCAUUAUGGGUCAUUUAAAUACUAAAUCUAAGCAUUCGGCAGAAAUAACCUUUGGGAAGAGUGCUGAAAAGCAGAAUAUGUACAAAACUGGAUAAUUUAUGCCAGACAUAAAUCACCCUGAUAACUUCCCCAAUCAUAAAACUCAAACUUAAUCCUCUAGAGUCCCGGUGCAGAGGGUUUUUCUGUCCUCCAUUCUUCUGUCUGACCCUGUCUCUCAUUUCCUGGGUGAGCGGGGAGGGCCGAGCGAGCUACCAGCCACGUGACCGAUAAAGACAUUACUACUGUUCAGAGACGGUGCGCUUCUACUCAGCGGACAGGGGUGUUACCCAAGCAGGACGAGAAAGAAAGACAGCCCUUUUUUUUUUUUGUAGGAGAGUUCUAAAAGCACAAUUUUCUGGAGCUAUGAAUGUAACAGGACAGAGCGAGCGACUGUAACGAGAAGGAAACGGGAGCAAACGAAGAAGAAAGCUUAACGAAUGAGAGUAAAGAGUUGUUUACAAUACCGAACUUGUCCAUGUUCUUGUCUGCCAAAAUAGUAUAAUAUACUAUGUGUAUACUGUAUAUGAAGUUUCCUGUUACCUUUUUUCUGCAGAGUGCAUCAUUUUAUUAUUGUAUACUUGGAAAUAUAAGAUUUAUUUUAUAAAAGAUAUAUGAACAUGUCUGUGGAAAAACAAAAAUUUUAUUUGUCUGUCGAUUUCUGAUAACGAGGGUUGUCACUGAAAAGUAAA